CUGCCUACGGUUCCUCCCCAUCAGCUCCUAUAGGGCUCAAGUGCAGACGCCUGCUCACCAGCCUCUGGUCCGGCCCCGCCCCACCUGCUCGGUUCACAUCCCGCCCGCCAAGGGCAGCAGCUGCUCCCGGCUCCAGAGGCAUCCUCAGGGCAGUGGUUCCCGCUGACUGUUCCACCGCGGAGUCUGACCCAGCGAACUCUUCUCUGCCUGGCUUUCCUUGCCUGCGUUGUUUCCAACUGUGUGUCCCUAGCCAUACUGUCUUGGAUUGAGCCCUCUCUUGACUCCUGAAGAGCGGCCAUGGCCACCUACAAAGUCAAGGUGGCCACGGGCACUGACUUCUUUUCGGGGACGCUGGAUUCCAUUUCAUUGACCAUCGUGGGGACCCAAGGAGAAAGCCAUAAGCAGCUGUUGAACCACUUUGGGAGAGACUUUGCCACUGGGGCGGUGGAUGAGUACACGGUGCAGUGCCAGCAGGACCUGGGGGAGCUUAUCAUCAUCCGUCUGCACAAGGAGCCCCAUUCCUUCUUACCCAAGGACCCCUGGUACUGCAACUAUGUGCAGAUCUGUGCCCCCAACUGCCGUGUCUACCACUUCCCAGCUUACCAGUGGAUGGAUGGCUAUGAGACCCUGGCACUCCGGGAGGCCACAGGAAAGACAACAGCAGAUGACACACUCCCCAUCCUUUUGGAACACAGACAAGAAGAGAUCAGAGCCAAGAAGGACUUCUACCACUGGAGGGUCUUCGUUCCUGGCCUUCCCAACUACGUGGACAUUCCCAGUUAUCACCCUCCUGCCCGACGGUGCCGCAACCCCAACCGGCCGGAGUGGAAUGGUUACAUUCCAGGAUUCCCAAUUCUUAUCAACAUUAAGGCCACCAGGUUCUUAAACUCAAAUCUUCGUUUCUCCUUCGUCAAGACAGCCUCCUUCUUCUACCGCCUAGGGCCCAUGGCACUGGCCUUCAAACUGCGUGGCCUGGUGGAUCGGAAACGUUCCUGGAAGAGGCUAAAGGAUAUUAGAAAUAUCUUCCCAGCUACCAAGACUGUUGUCUCUGAGUAUGUGGCUGAGCACUGGAUGGAAGACAGCUUCUUUGGAUACCAGUACCUCAACGGCCUCAACCCAGGCCUGAUCAGAAGAUGUACACAGAUCCCAGACAAAUUCCCGGUUACAGAUGAAAUGGUGGCCCCAUUCCUGGGUGAGGGGACAUGCCUACAAGCAGAGCUAGAGAAGGGGAACAUUUACCUGGCAGACUACCGCAUCCUGGAGGGCAUCCCGACUGUGGAGCUCAACGGUCAUAAGCAGCACCACUGUGCCCCCAUCUGCUUGCUGCACUUCGGUCCUGAUGGCAACAUGAUGCCCAUUGCCAUCCAGCUCAGCCAGACCCCUGGGCCUGACUGUCCCAUCUUCCUGCCCAAUGAUUCCGAAUGGGACUGGCUAUUGGCUAAGACAUGGGUACGCUAUGCUGAGUUCUACAGCCAUGAGGCCAUCGCACACUUGCUGGAGAGCCACCUCAUUGGGGAAGCCUUCUGCCUGGCCCUGCUGAGGAACCUGCCCAUGUGCCAUCCCCUGUACAAGCUCCUCAUUCCUCACACCCGAUACAACGUCCAGAUCAAUAGCAUUGGGCGGGCGCUCCUUCUCAACAAGGGAGGCCUCUCUGCCAGGGCCAUGUCCCUGGGCCUAGAGGGUUUCGCACAGGUGAUGGUCCGGGCUCUGUCGGAGCUCACCUACAAAAGCCUCUGCAUCCCCAAUGACUUUGUGGAGCGUGGGGUCCAGGACCUGCCUGGGUAUUAUUUCCGUGAUGACAGCUUGGCGGUGUGGUAUGCAAUGGAGAGGUAUGUGACAGAGAUCAUCACUUACUACUACCCGAAUGAUGCAGCCGUGGAGGGCGACCCGGAAUUGCAGUGCUGGGUGCAGGAGAUAUUCAAGGAGUGCCUCUUGGAGCGAGAGAGCUCAGGCUUUCCCACCUGCUUGAGAACUGUACCUGAGCUGAUCGAAUAUGUCACGAUGGUCAUGUACACCUGCUCUGCCAGGCAUGCAGCUGUCAACACAGGCCAGCUAGAGUUCACCUCUUGGAUGCCCAACUUCCCAUCAUCCAUGCGGAACCCACCGAUGCAGGCCAAGGGGUUGACUACUCUGCAGACCUACAUGGACACUUUGCCGGACGUGAAGACCACAUGCAUCGUGCUCCUGGUGCUCUGGACUCUCUGCCGGGAGCCUGAUGACAGGCGGCCGCUUGGCCACUUCCCAGACAUCCAUUUUGUGGAGGAGGCUCCUCGGAGGAGCAUCGAGGCUUUCCGUCAGAACCUUGCCCAGAUCUCUCACAACAUCCGCCAGCGCAAUAAGUGCCUCACCCUCCCGUACUACUACCUGGACCCGGUGCUGAUUGAGAACAGCAUUUCCAUCUAGUCACGGCUUCUGCCUCCCUUCCCACACGCCGCCUCCUCUUUUCCAAUAAAAUCACUCCAAACGCUG